UUUCCAAAGGGGCGUAUUUUUCAAGCCAUCUUGACUGAAUAUUUAGCCCCAUCCAAGGUGCAUUAAAUUGAUAUCUUCCAGAUUUGUCUGCCAUUAAGUUGGGAACCAGCAUUAUUUGAAAGGUUAAAGCCAAAACUAUGAAACCGGGUCGUGUUCGUGUGUUGAACGGAGGCUACGGCGAAGAACUGAAGUGGUGAAGAUGACGCUGUCGCUCCAGAAAUUACCGGCUAGCUAAGCUAACGGCUAGCAUGUCUGCCUUGGUUGUAGCCUGUCACUAGCUGACAUUUAGCUAGGAGCAGUAAAUUUUGUGUGGCACUCGCAUUGCAGAGGACGAACUAACAAGGAGGCGGGUGUAAACUCCCAUGUGAAAGACAAGGAGGCGGGAAUGUGAGACAGCAGAAGGCAGAUUCAACAUGGGAAGGGGUCGAGGAAGAGGGAGAGGAAGGGGCAGGGGAUCAUCUGGCCAGCUGCGGCCCCCCUCACCCUACAGACUGCAGCUCUCUCCCUCCAGGGAGACUCUGACGUACGCACAGGCACAGAAAAUAGUAGAAGUGGACCUUGAGGGAAGGCUCCAUCGGAUUAACAUCUCAGAUCCUCUGCCGGUUAUCACAGAGGAUGAGAUGAUGGCCCAGGACAUUGCUGAGUGCAAUAGCAACAAGGAGAACAGUGAACAGACGCAAAGUAAAACCAAAUCUUGGAGAAAACCUCUGAACAAUAAAAGCAGGAAGAGUGGUAAAAAUACGUCUCAACAGAACCAGCGGUCUGGAUCGCAGCACAACACAGCAUCUACUAACUCCUUCCAGCACUCGUCUCACCAAAGCCCUUUGCCUGAACCCACCUUUCGUCUGCUGGGUUCAGUUUCUCCCUCAGAGGCACCUCCUCUCCCAUCAGCCUACUAUCGUUACAUCGAACAGUCCCUGGAGGAGCAGGACAGUGUGGCUGAGUAUGACAUGGACGAGGAGGACCUGGCCUGGCUGGAGAUGGUAAACCAAAAGAGAGUGUGCGAUGGUCACGCCUCUGUUUCAGCAGACACUUUUGAACUGCUGAUUGACCGUCUGGAGCGGGAAUCCAUCCUGGAGUCUCGCAGCCAGGCUCUGUCACAGAGCGCAGUGGACGAGGAUGCGUUCUGCUGUGUCUGCUUGGAUGACGAGUGUCUGAACAGUAAUGUGAUCCUGUUCUGUGACAUCUGCAACCUGGCCGUCCACCAGGAGUGCUACGGUGUGCCCUACGUACCCGAAGGUCAGUGGCUGUGCCGCUGCUGCCUGCAGUCCCCCUCCCGCCCUGUAGACUGUGUGCUCUGUCCCAACAGAGGAGGUGCCUUCAAACAGACAAGUGAUGGACGGUGGGCCCAUGUUGUCUGCGCCAUAUGGAUCCCAGAGGUUUGCUUUGCCAAUACAGUGUUUCUUGAGCCUGUAGAGGGAGUUAAGAACAUCCCGCCUGCUCGCUGGAAGCUCACCUGCUAUCUGUGUAAGCAGAAAGGCAGGGGAGCAUCUAUUCAGUGCCACAAAGCCAACUGUUACAGGGCCUUUCAUGUCACCUGUGCUCAGAAGGCUGGCCUUUUUAUGAAGAUUGACCCUGUGCGGGAGACGGGUGUCAACGGGACAACCUUCUCAGUGAAGAAGACUGCUUUUUGUGAGCAUCAUUCACCAGUGGGACUAAGGGAAAAAGAUGGGUCUGGAGACGAAUCAGUUGAAGGGAGACUGGUGGGAGGCAGGGGCAACCGAGGACAGCGUUCGUACACUCAAAGUCCACCUUCGCCACAGAACAAGAAGGCUGCCAAGGGGCAGAAGAAGAAGAAUACAAAGGGGUCUCGUGGGUCAACACGUCGCUCAAAUGUGCCUGUCCUGUUGGUGCCUCAGAUUCCUUCACACAGGCUGAAUAAGAUCUGCACAGGAGUAGAGGUCCAAAGGAAGAACCAGUUCAUGCAGAGGCUUCAUAACUACUGGUUACUAAAACGACAGUCAAGAAAUGGGAUGCCUUUAAUUCGGCGGCUUCAUUCCCAUCUACAGGCCAACAGAACUUCAGAGCAGAGGGAGCCUGAUGAGAAACUGUGUGCUGCAAGAGAGGAGCUACGCUACUGGCAGAAGCUGAGGCAAGAUUUGGAAAGAGCCAGACUUUUGGUGGAACUCAUCCGUAAGAGAGAGAGGCUAAAGAGAGAGCAGAUGAAAAUUCACCAGGCUGCUCUUGAACUGAAGCUGACUCCUGCGUUGGUGCUUCUGCGAUCCACCUUAGACCAACUACAAGAGAAGGACACUUCUAAAAUUUUCUCUCAGCCUGUCAACCUAGCAGAGGUCCCGGAUUACCUGGAGUUUAUUUCUCAACCCAUGGAUUUCUCCACCAUGCGCACCAAACUGGAGGGACACGCCUACUGCUCCAUUGCAGACUUAGAGAAGGACUUCAACCUCAUGAUUUCCAACUGCCUCAAGUACAACUCCAAGGACACCAUGUUCCACAAGGCAGCCUUACAAAUGCGUGAGGUGGGUGGAGCGGUUCUACGGCAUAGCCACAGACAGUCUCAGAGCAUUGGCCUGGACCCAAAUACCGGAAUGCAUCUCCCUGAAAAUAAGAACAAACACGGCUUCUACAAUUGUACUUGGGAUGACGUCGAUUCUCUCUUGGACCCAGAUAACAGAUUACACUUGAGCACAGACGAGCAGCUAAAGGCCUUACUGGAAAAACUGGACGUGGUCACAUCUAUGCGUACUAGUGGUGGUCGAACCAAACGCAUUAGGCUGCUGCGCAGAGAGAUCAACAAUAUCAGACAGAAGAUGAGCCAGCAGCAGCAAAGCUCUCAGCCUGUGAAUGGUAAUGGCAAGGAUGACGAUGAAGAGAGAGAUGAGGAGGAGGAAGAGGAGAAAAAGAAAAAAAGGAAGAAAAAUGAUGUUGAUAAUGGACCUUUGACAGAGGUGUCUGACUCCAGGACAGAUGACUCUCCACCCAUAUUGGAACUAACCUGCCCAGUAUCAUCACCACUCCCUGGAGACGCCCCUCUCGAGCCUCCUGUCCUGGGCAUCGUAACCGGAGGGCGAAGGUCGCCAGGACGCUCCUACAAGCGUCAGCGGUCAUCGCGUAGUGGAAGCAAAAGCCAGGGUGAAGAUGAGGCUGAAGUCGGUGAAACGCCAGCAUCACAACCUGAGGCUGUUCAUGAGGUUACUCCCCUUGGGUCGCCUCCAUCUACCCUACCUUUGGUCGGAGUUGGCCGUCGAACAUCUGUUCUGUUUAAAAAAGCUAAAAACGGGGUACGAAUGGGGAAAACCAAAUCAAUCCCACAACAAAAUGGAAAAACACCUGAAGAGAAAACAAAUGGGCUGGAUAGCACCCCCGCCAGCCCAAAGUCACCCAGUGUGACCAACAUCACCACUUUACCUCCAAGUCCAAACGCAUCCCCGACUCCUCCCUCUCCGUCCUCACACCACCUGAGGCCUAGAGGCCCCAGCUCAGAAAGUGAAGCAGACAAACUCGACGCACCUCAGAUUGAAGAAGGCUUGACGAAUGGUAAACACACCCUUACAGACCAGGAAGAUGAUGAUGACCAAAACCUCAAUGUCUCUCCCCCAAAGAAAAGUCGUGGUAAACCUGCACUGACUAAAGUUCCAAACAGUGAGAAUGGAGACAUCUCAGGGUCUGAUAGUGAGACUGAGCUAGCACCUCUGGACCUGGUUUGGGCUAAAAGCAGAGGAUAUCCAUCAUACCCAGCCAUGAUUGUUGACCCAGACAUGCCCCAGGAAGGGCUCCUUCACAACGGCAUCCCAAUCCCAGUGCCUCCUGUGGAGGUGCUCAAACUGGGCCAGUGGAGGGAAACGGAAGAAGGCGAAAAGCUCUUCCUGGUGCUCUUCUUUGACACCAAAAGAACUUGGCAGUGGCUCCCUCAAAAUAAACUUCUACCGCUGGGGAUGGAUGACACUGUCGAUAAACUGCGCUUAAUGGAAGGCAAAAAACCAAGUGUUCGCAAGUCUGUGCACACUGCAUACGACCGCGCCAUGGUGCAUUUAAACCAUGUGAGAGGAAACCUUAACUUCACUCCCUCCAAUUUUAUAUAAACUUUUAGUUUCCAGAUUUUCUGAUCUUAAACAGGCUGCCUGGUAACAUGUAUAAAAGCUUCAUUAACGCUCCAAAAGAGGUGGGAAAGUUAGUAUAAGAGUAACAUUUCCAACAGUUUUCUGCAUUACACUGUAAUUUAAUUUUUUAAUGGAGAGAGAACAUGCUUGAAGUCAUUUUCCUAGAUGAAUUUGUUCAUCGGUUCCUGUCAUUUUUAGACAAAUUUUACAAAACCACUGUUGCUCUGUGUUCAUGGAAAGUUUUUUUAUUUAAGGCCAAAGUGAGUCAAGACUUUAGAGAUAUCUGUAAAUAUUUGUUGAAGGGAUUGUAUUGAUUCAGAUAUAUUUAGAUUGUAUUUGCCAUUGAAUUGUCACUGUGUUUAAUGAAUUGUUAAAGUCCCACUUGAUGCUAACGUCAUAACUGGACUCUAUGAAAGAAUUAUAUUUAUUGCUGUCAAAACUAUUUGUAAUUGUCAGUGAAAUUUGUCAUAAUAUAUAAACAUUUUUCCCUCAAUAUAUUUUUAAAGUCGACCUAUGAUGCAUAAUUGAUUAGUUUUGAACUAAAUUAAUUGCUGGCUUUUUAAUAAAUGUAUAAUUUGGUUAUAAAUCUGUGGGGAAUAGGUUGCAAUUCCAUGAAUCCAGCCUCUUAUAUGUGAAUUUUUUCUUGUUCUCUCCUAUUCAGUUAAAGUGAAUUUGAUUUACUUUUGUCAGUGUACAAAAAUCUGAGCAAGUCAUCUGGGGCUUUUAGCACACUGAGCAACACUUUCACCAUUUUUGAUGUUUCCUAAAACCAAAUAAUUGUUUGGGAGAAUACACAACAGAUGGAUUGAAAAUCUGCUGUUUAUAAUCUACAUUGUAAUCUUAACAACCCAUUAGCAUAAAACAAAAUAUCUUGGUAAAAUUAAGUUAGCAUUGUCGUUGAAAGCACCUAAAAGAUAUUUUUAUUCUACAAUUCUGAGAAUUGCUUGCUAGAAACAACAAUCGACAACUUUUAGACAAUGGGUUGCCAAUGCAGACGCUUUAAUAUUGUAGUCCAGCUCUGACGUGUUGCUGGUGGGACUUUAGAGGUCUUUGCUUAUUUUUCCAUAUUGUGAAACUGUAAUUUGAUACUGGAUUGUUGGAGUCUGCGGUGCAGCCACUUAGUCUGUAAGAUGUGAAGCCACUUUAGAGGUGAAGCUGAUUGUCCUGUGGUUAAAACAGUCUACUCCAAUCACUCACUGAAAAACUUAGGAGUUGUUUUUGAUCCGGCUGAAAUUACUUGAAAAGCACAAUUGGUCUGUUAAAAAUAAAAAAGAUCGGGUUGAGGAGGAUUGGAGACUCCUGAAGCUGCACAUGAGGCUAAAAUGUGUGUACAUAUAUGAAUACAAGCUCAGUGUAGUAGAGGUGCAUGUGUAAAUUUCUGUAAAUAUGUAAAUGUAUGUUUAUAUCGGCUUAUAUGAAGUUAUUUAAGGAAUGCAAAAAUCAAAUUUAGAUUUUAAUUUAUAACUUGUGGCAGUCGAGAGUGUUAUUUAAAAUAAAAAUAUUGAAAAGAUUUAUGUAUGAAUUAGUAGCUCUUUGUAAUAGUGGCGGUAUUCACCAUGUCAGAAACAUUAUCCAGAAGUGAGGUGACAGGACCCUGAGCUCUGUAGACAAGACAACUACAAGAGCUCUUUCUGUUUUUUUUUUUUUUUGGUUCACACAGGAGAUUGUCGAUCUUGUCAUUUGAAUUGUUCUGCAAGAUCUGUUAUCUGCCUGAGACAAUAUUUUCUCAC